AGACAAUCAGUUUCAUUUAUCUCAACAGUUCUAUUCCUGGUGAAGACUUGAAACUUCAAUGACUUGUUUUAUGGCUUCAGCAAGUCCUGAACCGCUUGUUGAAAAGGACGUUUGUGACAUCUUUCCCAUAUGAAGUAGAAGUUCCGCAUCCACGCCCUACAAGGGCGCUCCUGCCCAAAUAUUGAGAUUCGCGAGGUACGUACGCCCCGACAGUUAUUAUUACUCAGAAAGUCGCGCCUUCCUCGAGUACGGACAGUCAAACAAAAGGUGAGUAUCUCCCAGCAAGCUGGGGUAUCUUUUUCUUUGUUCCCAGCAAACAUCAAAAAUCCCACCAUGCCAGAUAAGUCAACUCAGACCUCGCCUCCCCCCUCCCCAAAGGCCCGCACCGCUGGACAAACCGGCGUGGAGACCGCCAGUUCUUCUAAGUCUCCACAGGAGACUUCUUCUUCCCGCCCACCCCCCGACCCUGAGGAGGCCGUCCCCCCUCCUCCACGGCCGCUGCCGACCCCCCGCCAGCCAGCCAUCGUCCCCCCUCCCCCGCCUCCGAGGGGGCUAGGCCUGCUAAGCAGGCAAGAAGAGUGCGUGCUCGGUGCCCCCAUCCGGGGUGCGGGGGUUGGGCACAUGAGGGGGCAUGCAAGCCCUUCUGCCGUUGGUGCAGAAGGCGCCAUUUGCCCCCCAUGUGCCUGACCUCCCGCUGGAGCAGACGUGAUGGCAGCACCGUCACUAUUAAUAUCAACCGGACGUUCCGUUGACAUUUUUUU